CGUGCGCUGGAGGCCAGCCUCCCUAAAAAGACAAGAAGAAGAAGCAGGACGACGAAGAAGAAGAAGAUGGAGAAAUAUGACAGCCCUUAACAACUUGGCGUUAAACAAUGUACCAGUCAAGAUGGGGCAGACCCUGUGCAUAUGCUCCCGUAGCUCGAUCGCCAUUGAGAACAAAACCUAUUACUUUGUCCAGAAACUAGACGAAGGGGGAUUCAGUUAUGUUGAUCUGGUGGAAGGGGCAAAGGAUGGGCACUUCUACGCCUUGAAGAGGAUCCUGUGCCAUGACCGGGAAGGCCACCAGGAGGCUCAGACAGAAGUGGAGAUGCAUCAGAUUUGUAAUCACCCCAACAUCUUGAGUCUGGUUGCACACACCUUUGUUGAUCGUGGAGGAAAAACUGAAGCCUGGUUACUUCUGCCUUAUAUCAGAAAAGGCAGUCUGUGGUCUGUUCUGGAGAAGCUAAGAGACAAGGGGAGCUCAAUGCCUGAAAAACAGGUUUUGAGAAUCCUGUGUGGCAUCUGCUCUGGACUCAAGGCCCUUCAUGAAAAAGGCUAUGCACACAGAGACCUGAAGCCCACAAAUGUGCUUUUGGAUGAGGAUGACAGGCCGCUUCUGAUGGACCUGGGCUCUAUGAACCGGGCCAGGAUUGAGGUGAGAGGAACCAGAGAAGCCAUGACUAUUCAGGACUGGGCAGCCCAGCGGUGCACCAUUUCUUACAGGGCUCCUGAACUCUUUAAUGUAGAGAGCCAGUGCAUUAUAGACGAGCGCACUGAUAUCUGGUCACUCGGCUGUGUACUUUACUGCAUGAUGAUGUUGGAGGGGCCCUAUGACAUGGUAUUUCAGAAGGGGGACAGCGUUGCCCUGGCUGUCCAGAAUCCAGUGACCAUCCCACAGUCUUGCAGAUACUCACAGGGCCUGCAGAUGCUGCUGAGCUCCAUAUUGGUGUCCAAUCCCCAGGAGAGACCCCACAUCAACUGGGUUCUUGACCAGCUGUCAAGGAAAAAGUCGGAAAAGCGGACAGAACAGGAGUGCCGAGUGCAGAGGACUUGCUUCAAUUCCCGGCAUGUAUCAUGCACCCAUGUACCCGUUAUCCGCGUUGGGCGGCCAGCACCCCGCGUUCGCAUACACCGGCUUCACGCAGCUAACACAUACCUACCCGGAGCACCUGAAGGCGGCUGCUAUGGCGGGAUCUCUGCCCCUGGAGCACUGGUUCCGCGCCGGGCUCAUGAUGCCACGUCUGCCAGAUUAUACCACGGGGCCCCAGGCCGGUCUGUUGGGGAAGUGCCGGAGGCCUCGCACCGCCUUCACCAGUCAGCAGCUGCUGGAGCUGGAGAACCAGUUCAAGCUCAACAAAUACCUCUCCAGACCCAAACGCUUUGAAGUGGCCACCUCACUCAUGCUGACCGAAACACAGGUCAAGAUCUGGUUCCAGAACCGGAGGAUGAAGUGGAAACGCAGCCGGAAGGCGAAGGAGCAGGCCUCCUCCACCUCUGCCCAGUCUGA